GGUCUUCCGGCGUCUUCUUCAAGGCAGUCUUUUCUGCUGCUCUGGGGUUUGUUAACUCUUUGAAGAGUUCCGGAGGAGCACGCGGCACCGAGGAGGCUCCGUCCCCGCGGCCCAGGCGGCUCUGAGGCUCGGCGACGCCGCCCGGGGCCCCGCGCCAGGCCCGGGCCAGGGAGCGCCGCGCCCGGCGCCUCGUCUCCCGCCGCUCCCGGCCCCGCGCCGCCCCCGAGGCCGAUGGCGGCGGCCGCGCGGAGGGAGCCGGCUCAGGACAGUGUGACCUUUGGAGAUGUUGCCGUGUACUUCUCCUGGGAGGAGUGGAGGCUCCUUGAUGAAGCUCAGAGGCACUUGUACCACGAUGUGAUGCUGGAGAACUUUGCACUCAUAUCCUCGCUGGGUUGCUGGAGUGGAGCAGAGGAUGCGGAGGCUCCCUUUGAACACAGUGUUUCUGUAGGUGUGUCACAGGCCAGGACUCCCAAGGCAGGUCUGAGAAAAAGUCAUUUCACCCGGGGGGAAUGCAAGAAACCCUUCAACCCCAAGCACAUACUCAUUCAGGACCAGGAUGUCCACAGUGGAAGACAGUGUUUUGUGUGUCGUGAAUGUGGGAAAACAUUCAGGUACAAAUCCUCACUUGUUGUGCACCAGAGAGUCCAUGCUGUAGAAAGGCUUCAUGUGUGUGGAGAAUGUGGCAAAUCAUUUAGACAAACCUCAACCCUCAAUCAGCAUCAAAGAAUUCAUUCUGGGGCAAGGCAGUGCAAGUGCAGCAAAUGUGGACAAUCCUUUAACCAAAAAUCUGUCUUCAUUUAUCCCUGGAGAAGUCAUACCGGAGAAAAUUGUUACUUGUGCAAUGAGUGUGCACAGUCUUUUAGCUGUAGUCCCACCCUUAUUCAACAACGAACAGUUCACACUGGAAAAAGGCGUUAUGAAUGCACUCAGUGUGGGAAAUCUUUUAGACGAAAAUUUUACCUUAUUGUACACUGGAGAGUUCACACUGGAGAAAGGCCUUAUGAGUGCAGUGAAUGUGGGAAAUCUUUUACCACAAACUCAGUACUCAUUCUCCACCGGAGAAUACAUACAGGAGAAAGGCCUUUUCAGUGCAGUGAAUGUGGGAAAUCUUUUUCAUCUGGUUCCAAACUCAGUAAUCAUCAGAGAGUUCACACGGGAGAAAAGCCUUAUGAGUGCAGUGAGUGCAGGAGAUCCUUUCUCCAAAGAUCCAAACUUGUUAUACACCAGCGAGUUCACACAGGAGAGAAACCAUAUGAGUGUAGUGAAUGUGGGAAAUCUUUCACCACUAGGACAACCCUCCUUUAUCAUGAGAAAGUUCACACAGGAGAAAGGCCUUAUGAGUGCAGUGAAUGUGGAAAAUCCUUUAUCCAAAGAUCCAAACUUGUUAUACACCAGAGAAUUCACACUGGAGAGAGGCCUCAUAAGUGUACUGAAUGUGGGAAAUCUUUUAUCCAAAGAUCUAACCUUGUUAAACACCAGAGAGUUCACACGGGAGAGAGGCCUUAUGAGUGCAGUGAAUGUGGGAAAGCCUUCAGUGUUAGGGGCACCCUUCGUGAUCAUUGGAGAGUUCACACUGGAGAAAGGCCCUAUGAGUGCAGUGAAUGUGGGAAAUCAUUUAGAGUAAAUUCUCAUCUCAUUCAACAUUUGAGAUUUCACACUGGAGAAAAGCCUUAUAGAUGUAGUGAAUGUGGGAAAUCUUUCUCGUCUACCUCGAGUCUUCGUUGUCAUCAGAGUAUCCACACCGGGUUAAGGUCUUAUGAAUGUAUUGACUGUGGGAAAUUGUAUACCAGUAGCUCCACACUUACUCGACACCGGAGAAUUCAUACAGGAGAAAAGCCUUAUAAGUGCAGUGAAUGUGGGAAGUCAUUCUGGCGUAGUUCACAUUUCAGUGAACACCAGAGAGUUCACACUGGAGAAAGGGAUUAUGAGUGCACUGAAUGUGGGAAAUUUUAUAGGGAUCGCUCAGAACUCAAAAAACACCAGAGAGUUCACACUGGAGAAAGGCCUUUUGAGUGUAAUGAAUGUGGGAAAUCUUAUACCAAUAGCUCAGCACUUGCUAAACACCGGAGAAUUCACACUGGAGAAAGGCCUUAUGAGUGCACUGAAUGUGGGAAAUCAUUUAGGUAUAGUUCACAAUUCACUGAUCACCAGAGAGUUCACACAGGAGAAAGGCCUUAUGAGUGCAGUGAAUGUGGGAAAUCUUUUUCGAGGAGUUCACAUUACAAUCAACACUGGAGAGUUCACACUGGAGAAAGGCCUUAUGAGUGCACUGAUUGUGGGAAAUCAUUUAGGUAUAUUUCCCAAAUCAGUAAACACCGGAGAGUCCACACUGAGCAAAGGAGUUAUGAGUGUAGUGAAUGUGGGGAAUAUUUUGCCUCUAGCUCGACACUCAUUCAACACCAGAGAGUUCACGCUGGAGAAAGGCCUUUUGAGUGCAGUGAAUGUGAGAAAUCUUUUACCCAACACUCUGCACUCCGACAACAUGAGAGACUUCACACUGGAUCAAGGCCUUAGGAGUGAUGGGGGGUAGGAGGCAAACGUGGGAAAUUCUUCAGCUAAAGGACUGUGUUCCUUCCACAUCAAUGGUUCACACUGCAUUGAGCCUUAUGAGGGCAGUGAAGGUGGAAAAUGCUUUCCUAAAACUCCAGUCUCAUUAAAGACAGGAAAAUUCACAAUGUAGGAAGUACUUAUGCUGUACCAAAUGUGGUUAAUCAUUUUCAAUUUAGCCCUUUUGAUAAUUUUGUCAUGCUAUUUCACUGUUGUUUCAGUUGUAUUGCCCUAAGUAUUCCUGAUGAGCAGUUUUUCAGAUGUUUAUUUGCUGUUUGUAUGUCUUUGGUAAAAUGUCUGCUGAUAUCUUUUGUCUGUUCUUUUAUGAACUUCAGUUAUUUUCCUUUUCUUUGAAAAAUAGAAUACUAAAGCAACAAAUAUGUAUGUUGGAAUUUCACUCUCAAAUACAUAAGUGACUUCCUUUUUUAAUGAAAUAAUUGUUUUCAGUAUUAAGAAAACUUAUCCUAAUUUUUUCAAAAGUCUUGUGCUAUGCACAAUGUAAUGGAUACAUAUACAUAUUCUUAAUAUUAAUUUGCAUUGUUAACAUAUUCUUCAUCUGUUUCUUAAGUCCAGACAUUCAAUAAUACAAUAAAGUCUUGCUUUGUAGUGUU